AUGAACGUGGAGGUGGACGUGGACGUCGACGUGGAGGUGGACGUGGAGGUGGACGUGGAGGUGGACGUGGAGGUGGACGUGGAGGUGGACGUGGUCGUGGAGGUGGACACGGACGUGGACGUGGACGUGGACGUGGACGUGGACAUGGACGUGGACAUGGACGUGGACGUGAACGUGAACGUGGACGUGAACGUGGACGUGGACGUGGACGUGGACGUGGACGUGGACGUGGAGGUGGACGUGGAGGUGGACGUGGACGUGGACGUGGACGUGGACGUGGACGUAGACGUGGACUUGGACGUGGAGGUGGACGUCGAGGUGGACGUGGACGUGGACAUAGACGUGGACGUGGACGUGGACAUGGACGUGGAGGUGGACGUGGACGUGGAAUGGACGUGGACGUGGACGUGGACGUGGACGUGGACUGGACGUGGACGUGGACGUGGACGUGGAGGUGGACGUGGAGGUGGAGGUGGACGUGGAGGUGGACAUGGACGUGGACGUGGAGGUGGACAUGGACGUGGACGUGGACAUGGACGUGGACGUGGACGUGUGGCCGUGGACAUGGACGUGGACGUGGACGUGGACGACGUGGACGUGGACGUGGACGUGGAGAACUUGGACGUGGACAUGGACGUGAACGUGGAUGUGGACGUGGACGUGGACGUGGAGGACUUGGACGUGGACAUGGACGUGGACGUGGACAUGGACGUGGACGUGGACAUGGACGUGGACGUGGACGUGGACAUGGACGUGGACGUGGACGUGGACGUGGACAUGGACGUGGACAUGGACGUGGACGUGGACAUGGACGUGGACGUGAACAAGACGUGGACGUGA